CUCAGGAGUGAGAUGCUGCGGAGGCGAGCCCAGGAAGAAGACAGUGUGGUGCUGAUCGACAUGGCCUCCCCCGAAGCAGGGAAUGGGUGCUCUUAUGGAAGCACAGCCCAAGCCUCAGAGGCAGGUAAACAGCAGCUGGCCCCCAGCAGAGUUGGGAGCUCUGCCAAACCCCCAAUUGAUUUUGUUCUUGUUUGGGAAGAAGACAGGAGGAACCAAGAGAGCCCCACCCAGGACAAGUCAGACACACAUGAGGUCUGGCGGGAGACCUUUCUGGAAAACCUUCGCAUGGCUGGCCUGAAUAUAGAUCAGCACGAUGUCCAGGACGAGGCCACUGCAGUCCACUACAUCCUCCUCAGUGCACCCUGGGCUGUACUCUGCUACUAUGCCGAAGACCUGCGCCUGAAGCUGCCUCUGCAGGAGUUACCCAACCAGGCCUCUAACUGGUCAGCCACUCUUCUGGAAUGGCUGGGCAUCCCCAAUAUCCUGCUGGAGGAAGUGCCUGAUACCCCCCCAGAGUACUACUCCUGCCAGUUCAAAGCAAGCAAGCUGCAAUGGUUCCUUGGGAGUGACAACCAGGACACAUUCUUCACCAGCACCAAAAGGCACCAGAUUCUGUUUGAAAUCCUGGCCAAGACUCGAUAUGGCCACAAGAAGAAAGGCUUGUUUGGGAUUGACCAGCUGCUGACAGAAGGUGUCUUCAGUGCAGCUUUCCCCCUGCAUGAUGGCCCAUUCUCUGCAGUCCCAGAGAGCUCACAGGCCCUGGGUCUCACCCAGCGCCAAGUCUUAUUCCAGCACUGGGCUCGCUGGGGCAAAUGGAGCAAGUACCAGCCACUGGACCAUGUGCGUAGGUACUUCGGGGAGAAGGUGGCUCUCUACUUCGCCUGGCUUGGGUUUUACACGGGUUGGCUCCUGCCUGCAGCACUGGUGGGCACAGUGGUGUUCCUGGUGGGCUGUUUUCUGGUAUUCUCAGACAUACCAACGCAGGAGCUAUGCCACAGCUCGGAUGGCUUCGACAUGUGCCCACUCUGUCCUGACUGUUCUUUCUGGCUGCUCUCCAGCGCCUGCACCCUGGCCCAGGCUGGGCGGCUCUUUGACCAUGGUGGCACCGUCUUCUUCAGCUUGUUCAUGGCCCUGUGGGCAGUGUUGCUUCUGGAGUACUGGAAGCGGAAAAAUGCCACAUUGGCCUACCGCUGGGACUGCUCUGACUAUGAAGACAUUGAGGAGAGGCCUCGGCCCCAGUUCGCUGCAACGGCCCCAAUGACAGCCCUGAACCCCAUCACUGGGGAAGAUGAGCCCUACUUUCCUGAGAAGUGCCGUGUUCGCCGCAUGCUGGCUGGUUCUGUGGUGCUCCUGAUGAUGGUGGCUGUGGUGAUUAUGUGCCUUGUGUCAAUCAUCCUAUACAGGGCUGUCAUGGCUAUAAUUGUGUCCAAGUCAGACAACACCUUCCUCUCAGCCUGGGCUCCACGAAUUGCCAGCCUCACAGGAUCAGUGGUGAACCUUGUCUUCAUCCUCAUCCUCUCCAAGGUCUAUGUGAUCCUGGCUCAGGUCCUGACAAGAUGGGAGAUGCAUCGGACGCAGACCUCAUUCGAGGAUGCCUUCACCCUCAAGGUGUUUAUCUUCCAGUUUGUCAACUUCUAUGCCUCACCUGUAUAUAUCGCCUUCUUCAAGGGCAGGUUUGUGGGAUACCCGGGCCACUACCACACCUUGUUUGGAGUCCGAAAUGAGGAGUGUCCCGCUGGAGGCUGCCUCAUUGAAUUGGCGCAGGAGCUCCUGGUCAUCAUGGUGGGCAAACAGGUCAUCAACAACGUGCAGGAGGUCCUUGUCCCAAAGCUGAAAGGCUGCUGGCAGAAGUUGUGCUCCAGGAGAAAGAGGGCUGGCAUGGGGACCCACCCAGCACCCUGGGAGGCUGACUAUGAGUUGCUGCCUUGUGAGGGGCUGUUUCAUGAAUACCUUGAAAUGGUGCUGCAGUUUGGAUUCGUCACCAUCUUCGUGGCAGCUUGCCCGCUGGCGCCGCUUUUUGCUCUGCUCAACAACUGGGUAGAGAUCCGCCUGGAUGCCCGCAAGUUUGUGUGUGAGUACCGGCGCCCGGUGGCCGAGCGAGCCCAGGACAUUGGCAUCUGGUUCCACAUCCUAGCAGGCCUCACACAUCUUGCAGUCAUCAGCAACGCCUUCCUGCUGGCCUUCUCCUCCGACUUCCUGCCGCGUGCUUACUACCGCUGGACACGCGCCCCUGACCUGCACGGCUUCCUCAAUUUCACGCUGGCACACGCGCCGCCUGCCUUCGCUGCUGCGCACAACCGCACUUGCAGGUACCGGGCUUUCCGGGAUGAUGAGGGACACUAUUCUCCGACUUAUUGGACUCUCCUGGCCAUCCGCCUGGCCUUUGUCAUCGUGUUUGAGCAUGUGGUCUUCUCCAUUGGCCGUUUUCUGGAUCUCCUGGUUCCUGACAUCCCAGAGUCUGUGGAGAUGAAGGUGAAGCGGGAAUACUACUUAGCUAAACAGGCACUGGCUGAGAACGAGGCUCUCCUUGGAACAACAGAAGUGAAGGAUGCCCCAUCUCUAAGCUCAGACAGUCUGGGCCUUCCAGCCUAA